CUUCAGAACUGUUGAAUGCAUUCAAACUUUAUGAUGCACACGAAUAUGGUCAAUCUUUUGGUGAUCAGCUUUUUCGCCAUUUUGGCGCUGGCCACUGCCGUUUCAGUUUCGACAAGAAAAAUCGUCGGUGGAUUUCAAGUCUUCAUCACCGAUGUUCCCUACCAGAUUUCGUUACAAUAUUCUGGCAAACAUAUUUGUGGAGGAUCUAUUAUCGCAACUCGAUGGGUUCUGACUGCUGCUCAUUGCACUAAAUACGAUGCUAAAUUCUAUACCGUACGAGCAGGUUCCACAGAUUGCUCCACUGGUGGAGUUGUCAUCGCAGUACAAGCCGUGACCUCGCAUCCGCUGUACGGCCAGCUCGGCUAUGAUUAUGACUAUUCUCUACUGCAACUAGCUGGAAAGUUAGUAUAUUCCCGCAACGUUGAGAGAAUUCCGUUACCAAGUGCAGGCGAAAUUGUCGCGGAUGGAUCAAUGUGCACCGUUUCCGGUUGGGGUGAUACCAAAAACCAAGCAGAAAAUUCGCGACUAUUGCGUGCCGUAAACGUACUGUCGGUUAACCAACAGAAGUGUGCCGCCUAUUAUAGUUCUAUAGGCACCAUAACGGAACGAAUGAUCUGUGCUGGAUACACAGCCGGUGGCAAGGACUCCUGCCAGGGAGACUCCGGGGGUCCACUGGUUACCGGCGGCAAAUUGAUCGGAGUGGUGUCCUGGGGUGAGGGAUGCGCUGCACCAAACCUGCCCGGAGUAUACGCACGGGUUGCGGCAGUUCGCGAAUGGAUUACCGAGGUUUCCGGUGUAUGAAGCUAAUGUUUAAUAAACUAAUUAAGAAUA